AUGUCUACCGCCGCGGGUGCUCCUCCCCCCCCUCCCGGACGCGGUUCGGGCCCUCGUUAUGGCCACUACACCAACAAGUCGGACCGCCGUCGCGCCCUAGGCAAAUACCUAGUGGAGGGUGACUCCUCCGACGAGGAGUUCGCACCUCCGGAGGAGCGUAACGUCUAUAUCCUGGUUGAGGCCCGCCCUAAGGUCGGGGCCGUACCGGGCGCUUGCGCUGUCCUGUCGCCCGAGUUUCUGGCCCUGGGCCGGGUUUGGGCUUGCACCCUGGCUCUGGCCGAGAUGGAGCCUGCUCCCGUACGCCCCGCCUACACCCUCGCCCCCGUGCCGGGUGUUGUCUCUCCCCCCGCCGCCGCCGACGACGACAACGACCCGAACCGUACCCUCGUCCUUGCCGCUAACGCCUUGACCCCGACUCGAGCGGGUGGCCGUUCCGGCGCUGUGCCGAGCAUGCAGCUCGGCGUGUUUGCCCAGGGCGUGGCUCGGGCCCUGACGGGCAUCCAGAGUGACGUGCGCGGCCUCGCCCGCCGUCAGCAGGCGCAGGAGGGCGUCAGUGCCGAGUUGGUGGCCACUUUGGCCGAGAUGCGCCGCGAUAUCUGCGAGUCGCGCGAGUCUCGCGCUGGCAGUUCCCCCUCGGUGCGCCGUCCCGCCCCCUCUACUCCCCGCGUCGCCCGCAAUUGCAGCAGGUCGCGCUCGUCCCGCGUAGCCGACGCAACUCCGUUGCGCCGCCCUAUCGCCUCCGCCCCUUAUAUCGCCCAAGUCGCCCGGCGCCUUCGUUUUGUGCCCCCGCCCCCGCCCCCCUCGGUUACGUCCCGCCCCCGCCCGAGUGCCGCAACGGACAGUUUCGAGACCCUCCCCGAGGAGGAUACCGAGGAGGACGAGAGCAAGGAGGAUACGGAGACCGACGAGUCUAAGUAG